GCUGCUCCCUCCCCGUGGGGCGCAGGGAGGCGAGCCCGCCCGCCCGGGAUGCCAUGGCUCCGCCGGGCUCCGCGCUGCCCGCCUGCCUGCUGGGGCUGCUGCUGCUUGUCUGCCGCGGAGAUUUUGGCCGUUCCUCUGAGCUGGCAUUCGUUGUGGAGCCUAGUGAUGACAUAGCUGUGCAGGAGCAACCCUUGAUCCUCUACUGCCAGGUGGAGGGCAUCCAGCCCAUCACCAUCACGUGGCGGAAGAAUGGCGUGAUGAUCGUGGACAGUGAGAAUGCCUUUAUGCUGGCCAACGGGUCUCUCUACGUGUCCCGCUUCCAGAGGGUCCGGGGAGAUGGGUCCUCGGAUGAAGGCGAGUACGACUGCAUGGCACAGAACCACUACGGGCUGCUGGUGAGCCGGAAGGCAAAGAUUCAGGCAGCAACAAUGUCUGACUUCCACAUCCACCCUCAGAAUGCAGUGGUGGAGGAAGGUGGUGUAGCAAGAUUCCAGUGCCAGAUCCACGGCUUGCCUGAGCCAGUCAUCCUGUGGCAUAAGAACAGCAUGCCAGUCAACACAGACAACGAAAGGUACACGCUGCUUCCCAAGGGGGUUCUCCAGAUAACGGGGCUGAGGGCAGAAGACAGUGGGAUAUUUCACUGCGUUGCCACCAAUAUUGCUAACGUGAAGUUCAGCCGGGAGGCACGGCUCACCGUGUCAGGCUCCCACUCCACCGUGUACAAGGACCCCAUGAUUCUGGUGGGCCCGGAGAACCUGACGCUGACCGUGCACCAGACAGCAGUGCUGGAGUGCAUCGCCACCGGCAACCCCCGGCCCAUCGUCUCCUGGAGCCGCCUCGACGGCCGCCCGAUUGGCGUGGAGGGGAUCCAGGUGCUGGGCACAGGAAACCUCAUGAUCUCGGACCUCACAGUGCAGCACUCUGGCAUCUACGUGUGCGCCGCCAACAAACCCGGCACGCGGGUGCGCCGCACCGCGCAGGGCAGCCUCGUCGUGCAAGCCCCAGCAGAGUUUGUGCAGCAUCCCCAGUCCAUUUCCAGACCCGUGGGGACUACUGCAAUCUUCACAUGCGUGGCCCAAGGGGAGCCCCCUCCCCAGAUCACGUGGCUGAGGAACGGGCAGAUCCUGGAGACCAGCGACCACAUCAAGCUGAAGAAUAACAACAGCACUCUCUCCAUCUAUGGGAUCAACCAGGCGGAUGAAGCCAUCUACCAGUGCCUGGCCGAGAACAGCGCGGGCUCCACGCAGGCCAGCGCGCGCCUCACCGUGCUGUGGGCUGAUGGGCUGCCCAGCCCUCCUCAGAGCGUGAGGGCAGAGACUGUCUCUGCAACCACCAUCCAGGUGUCCUGGGAAAAGCCCCUGCAGAACACCAAGGAGAUCAUUGGCUAUGUGCUGCACAUCCGGAAAGCUGCAGAUCCCGUAGAGAUGGAGUACCAGGAGGCUGUUAGCAAGAGCACCUUCCAGCAGCUAGUGACUGAUCUGGAGCCCUCGACCAGCUACAGCUUUUAUAUAAAGGCUUACACCUCCCGGGGUGCCAGCAAAGCCUCAGAAGUCACGGUGGUGAGCACGCUGGGGGAAGUCCCAGCCAUGCCAUCCCUCUUUAUUAAAGUCAUUAACAGCACCACCGUGCAGGCAACGUGGGAGCCCUCCAUCAAACUGGGCCAGCACGAAGGCUUCAAGCUGUAUUACCGCAAAGUCCACCUCUCCCAGUACACAGGUCCAGUGCUCCUGGCCAGCAACAUCACAGCCUACAACAUUACCCACCUGGACGCGUCGGUGGUGUACGAAGUCAAGCUCCUCGCCUACAACCAGCAUGGGGAUGGAAACUCCACUGUCCGCUUUGUGUCCCUGAGGGAAACUGUGGAGAGGACAGUGCUGAAUCCUCCCUGUGACUGCAUGAAGGACGAGCAGAACAACAAAACCUCCACAACUGGCAUCAUCAUCGGGAUCCACAUCGGUGUCACGUGCAUCAUAUUCUGCAUCCUCUUCCUUAUGUUUGGGUACCGAGGAAGGCUGCUGAUGUGCAAAAAUGUGCAGGAGCAGCUGUCAACCCCUCAGAUCCCCCGGAGCCAGCGGAGUGCCACGGGCCUUGUCCUGAACGGGGCCACUCGUAGAGACAGGGACGACCGGGACUUGAAUGGAAAGCAGCUGGAUAUGAACGAGCUGGAGAGGUUAUUCCCAGCAUCCCCGUCCCAGGAGCAGCAGGAGAAGGGAAUAACGUCGGCUCACAGCCUGCCAGCCCCCCAUGACGAAACCCAGAUCUCCACACUCCCUCUGGAUGAGUUCAGCAUCAUUGAGGAGCAGCCAGACCCCCUCCCAAAAAACCCCCAUGGCAGCAGUCCUGCUGCUCCGGCUCCCAACCACGGUCCUGCCAAUGAAGGAUAA